AUGAAGUUCGAGAUUACUGCUACUCACGCUGCCGCGCUCGUUGCUCUCAUUGCAAGCGUGGAUGCUGCCAAUCAUGGUCAUGCCCACAGUCAUGGAGCUCGCUCUGAGAACAUUGAGAAGAAGAGCGCAAAGUGUGUAUUCCCUACCGAUGUUGGUCUGGUCUCUGUGACUCCUGAUCAGAACAACGCUGGUUGGGCCAUGAGCCCUGACCAGACCUGUGAGCCUGGCAACUACUGCCCAUAUGCUUGCCCUCCUGGUGAAGUUUCUAUGCAGUGGGACCCUGAGGCCACUUCCUAUACCUAUCCCCUCUCUAUGAAUGGUGGUCUGUACUGUGAUGAAGAUGGCAAUAUCUCCAAGCCCUACCCCAGCAGGGCCUACUGCGAGUCAGGCACCGGUGCUGUGUCCGUUCAUAACAAGGCUUCCCAGUCCGUGGCUUUCUGCCAGACCGUUUUGCCUGGAAACGAGGCCAUGUUGAUCCCGACCCUGGUUGAGGAGCUGGAAACUCUGGCCGUCCCUGGCCUGAGUUACUGGUGUGAGACCGCCGCACAGUACUACAUCAACGCUCCGGGUGUUUCCGCUGAGGAGGGCUGUAUCUGGGGUACCAAUGCCAACCCCGUGGGUAACUGGUCUCCUUACACAGCCGGUGCUAACACCGUUGCCAAUGGCAUCACUUACAUGAAGAUUGGCUGGAACCCUAUCUACUUGGAGACCACCACCCCUUUCCGUAAUGUCAAGCCUGCGUUCGGUAUCGAGGUUGAAUGCACUGGAGGCGAAUGCAAUGGUCUCCCCUGCAAGAUCGAUCCUUCCACUAUGGGUGUCAACGAGAUGAGUGCCGAGGACGUUUUCACUGGUGCUGGUGGUGCUACCGGCUGUGUUGUUACUGUCCCUAGCGGUGCCACUGCCAAGAUUGUUGUCUUCGAUGUCGACUCCAGCGACUCCAGCGACUCCAGUGACUCCAGCGACUCCAGCGCCUCCAGCGCCUCCAGCACCUCCUCUACCAGCACUGUUGCUGCAACUACCUCCAGCACCACAACUCCUACACCAUCUUCCACUUCGACCACUGAAAGCUCGACCUCAACCACUCCCUCCAGCACCCCUACUUCUACCUCAACCUCUACUUCCACCACUUCUACCUCUACCUCCAGCUCUACCUCGACUGUUGUCCCCACCUCUACAAUCGAGACCAAGCAGUCCAUUCAAAGCCCCUCUAUGACCUACACUUACCGUCCUCACGUCUUUGCCGCCUCCGGCAGUGCCGUGAUCUCCGAAUAUACGACAUCAACCACCGCAGCUACAUCGACCGGGUCCGCCUCGUCUGAUUCAGCUUCUUCAGUUUCUUCAUCUUCGUCUUCUUCUACCUCCGCCAAGGCCAAUGCUGCUACCAGCACCACUGCCUCUAUGGUUGGUCUUAUCUUCGGCGUCAUGGCAGCCGUAGCCAUGAAGAUGUAA